AUGUGGCCCAUGCGAAAUUGGCUGCGGGAAAAGUUGGUACUCAAGGCUGAUUCCUCGUCCGGAACACCGCCCGGAGAGGAAAGUUGCGCUUUUGGAAGUACCAAGUAUUUUCUGCUCUGUGGUUUGGGGGGCGUAACAUCGUGCGGCAGUACUCACACCCUGAUAACGCCUCUAGAUUUGAUUAAAUGCCGAUUGCAGGUCGAUCGAGCCAAGUACCAAAGUCUAAGCAACGGGUUCAGAGUAACCAUAGCGGAGGAAGGAGUGCUUGGAUUAACGCGAGGAUGGCUCCCGACGUUCCUGGGCUACUCGACUCAGGGUUUAUUCAAGUUCGGUUUGUACGAGUUCUUCAAGGUGUACUACGCGAAAUUGAUCGGAGACGAUAACGCGUUCGAGUAUCGUACGUGGUUGUAUCUGACGAGUUCAGCAUCGGCAGAAUUUUUCGCCGACAUUGGACUGGCGCCGAUGGAGGCUGUCAAGGUCCGGAUCCAAACGUCUCCGGGCUUCACGACCUCCAUGAGCAAGGCGAUGGGCGUCAUGAUGCGAGAGGACGGCGUUGGCGUUUUCUACAAAGGACUGGUGCCGCUGUGGUUCCGACAGGUUCCUUACACCAUGAUGAAGUUCACAUCCUUCGAAAAGACGCUGGAGCUACUCUAUCGCUACGUCGUUCCCAAACCGCGUACCCAGUGUACCAAAGCGGAACAGCUUCUGGUUACUUUUGCCGCUGGAUACAUCGCCGGCAUCUUUUGCGCCGUCGUCAGCCACCCGGCCGACACUGUUGUCAGCAAAUUGAACCAGCAAAAGGGCUCAACAGCGGCAGAAAUUGUGAAGAAGGUCGGCUUCGUGGGUCUGUGGAGCGGACUGGGACCCCGGAUUAUCAUGAUUGGGACGUUGACCGCUUUGCAAUGGUUCAUCUAUGACGCCUUCAAGGUCUUCAUGAAGAUGCCACGUCCUCCGCCUGUAGCCGGCGAAAAACGUAAACACUGA